GAACAAGACAUAGGAUGGGCCGAGUCGUGCAAAGAGGUGUCGUUCAACAUUGAAGGGGAGGAGUGCCUCAAAAAAGCGAGAGAAGCAGGAGAGCGUGAAGGAUGCCUGCUUCGUCACAAGCCGCCGCAGCCGAGCGGCGAAACGAAAGGAUGCUGACGCACGAACCACCGAAAUUGAAAACCACUUUGAAAACGCCUCCCAAGCAAGCGACCAAUCCUUUGCAAUUCGUCAAGGUCGGACCAUGCUCCUUAUAUCGAACCGCACAGGAGCAAUUGCAAAAAGUUCAAGAAGUAAAGAAGAUCAAACAGGAAGUUCGCGAUGAUCCUGAAGAUUGGCAAUCGAAUUUGGAUAACUGGAAGAGUAGCCGGAGGAAGCGGCAGGAACAUAUAAUCGAGCGAGUGGUGGAGGUGAAGAAACUCGAGUUGGAGGAACACGAUCGUCAGCGUCGACGAAAUAAAACUUUUUCGGAAAUGAUGGAGGAACGCGGUAACAGAGGUCGCAAACUGAGUAUCAGUUUGGCCAUGUACAACGAUGAGGAUGCGAACGAUCUUAGCGACCUUGGAAUCGGUACCAGCAGCGGCAAGAGCUCGGUCAGCGGUGAUACGCAUGAUGACACUCACAGUGUCUUGAGCGACAGAGACAGUGAGAUCGAGAAGAGUCACUCGGACGUGGACAAUGUCACCGACGUGAUUUCAUCCACGAUGACGAUCAACACAACGCUGCCGACGACAGCGACAACAGUCGCGGCCGCAUCAGGAAUGGCAACGAUCGCAUCGACGACAACAACAGCGAUGACAGCAGCAGAAGCCACCAAUUCGGCGAUGUCAACAAUUACGUCAGUGACAACGUCCACCCCGAGGAAAGUAUUCGGCAGUGGUUUUCACAAUCAUAAUCAGGAGUACGAUUCGGCUACUACCGCGACAAUGAGCUCACCCGAACCGGAAGAAUACACUUACGAGGGCGCCAUUCGCAGUUACGUCUCGAGGGUGUCGCAAAAUAUACCGAGAAGGUCUUUAACCGGGAUCGAUUCCAAGCUGGAGGCAACCAAGUCUUCGAUGAACGGUUCUAAGACGAGCCUGAACGACGAUAAGUCGCCUCUGUCCGUGGUAAAGGUUGACAUACUUAAAAGACGCGAGGUGUUCGAAAAGGCGUCGCAGAAGAGUAGUGAUAACAAGACAAACAAUAGGCUAUCGGGUGACUUUACCGGCACGAAAUCGAUCAAGGAGAGGCUGUCGAGUCUCGAGAGGCAAAAGCACGAGGCCGAGAACGGCGACAAGGCUACCAACAAGACGCUCAAUCGAUUAUCCGGCGAUAUGAGCUCGAUCCGGGAGAGGCUCACCCAUUUGGAGAAGCAAGCUUCGGAGCGAGAGAACAAGAGUUCCGUUCAUCGCAAGCUCAGCACGGAAGAUCUAGAGACGGUGAGGCCUCUUAGGGAAAGACUGUCUACUCUAGAAAAAUACAGCAGCAGCGAUGAGUCCUCGGUACCGACCACGACGAACGAGUCUCGCUCGCGCAAUGGCGAGCUAACCGCCAGGAUCAAGGAUCGCUUCAGCACAUUCAAUGACGUUGGAAAGAACAAGGACGCGAUGGAUAAGCGGGGACCCGCACAUGUCGGCAAACAUCCGCUCUGCUUUCGAGAUCAGGAAAACAGGGUUGACACGUCAACGCCCAGUGAAAGGAGCUCGUCACCCGAUUCGGAAUACCGGGUACCUCGUGCCGUCUUCCAUAGAAGCCUGGAUUCCCUAGACGCCGACGCUUCCAGCGGACCUGAUACCUUCGAGCGCGUGCAGAGCCUUGAGGAGCUCGACUAUGGACGACGAUAUCCCGCCUCAUCGUCAUCCGCGGAACUCCUGAACGAUACAGAUCGUGAAGAUUCAGGUAUCCAUACCGCGGAUGUGAGCUGCUCGGUCAGCCAGGCGGAUGAGCCGAUCGAUGAAGAGGUCGUGCAUCAUACCGGUGGCGCAAUCAUCGAGUCGAGACGAGAAGUUAUCGCCGAAGAAAGAGUCAAGCUACUUCCAUCUAUCACUUCCAUCAUUCAGGAGGAGGUGUCGGUACCGAACGAUACCACGACGGCCUCUCCUUCGCAGUUUACCAGUCCUCGGGAGGCAGUAGCAGUGAACAAGGGUACUGCUGACAGCUCUGGAAAACUAUCGACUAACAAAUCACAGCCGCACGUAGAAACUAUUACUAAUUCUAAUACACCUCGCUCGUAUACCUCGGUGUCUCACGUGGCCACUCAUCCGAGUCCCAAGGUACCUCCGCAAGAAAUAACUUCCGAAAACUUCUCGAAAUCGCGAACAUUCGACAAAGACGCGGCCGAGCUCAAGACAGAUCCCGAACCGAGUCUCAACGAGUCUAUAGUAUCGGCCAGUUUGAAACUCUCCAUCGAGCAAGCGAGACCAAAAUUCAUUGGCCAACCGAAGCGACAGAACCUCGUCAAGGAACACUCCUCUACUAACACUCCUCCCUCUCCGCCAGCCUCGGAUGUCAUUGUUAGCGCGGAAACUUACCAAUUAUCUUUUCCCUCCGUGAGAACAACGUCGGCACCAACUGGUCCCUCCCUGGAAGCCAAUCCUUCGCUUCCCAAAUCUACGUCUUCCCGAACGAUAUCCAAGAUUCCCACUCCCCUUUCUCGUAAAACUGCCAAGACCUCACCUCCCGACUCUGCCUUGACCUCGUCCGCUCUCAAAGCUUCGCCCUCGAAGGCGUCCAGCCUUCCUAACAAGCCCCCGACUUGUCAGACUUCCAGCCCAAUUCGGAGAACGUCCGAAACGGCUCUUCCUACUUGUGCCACCAUCGAGUCCUCUUCUCCCAGCCCAGCGGAACAAUUUGUACCACCCUCCUCUCCUUCAUCGAGACUCAUCUCAGGAAACGCGCGAGACGAGGAGACCCUACUACCUGCGGAACGUCGUCGAACCGUGGUGGAAGUGUGCGAAAAGGUGGUGGUACCUCAGGGCAAGACUCCUACGACGCCGCCAGUGACGCCGUUCAUCACGGUGAACCGCCUGACAAACGCGGACAAGGGUGGUUCUGUGACCGAGGAACGGAUCGUUAUCGAGAAAACCGACCAAGAGGAGGCAACUGCGAACCGCCUAGUUGCUUUAGCAGUCGAACACGAGCAGCACGAAACGACGGAGACGAAUGUCGAGAUGCCAGUCACCGCCAACACCACGAAAAAGCGCAUCGUCGAAAGUGAUGUGCACGAUACAUCAUCUACUGCUACACCUGUCACGUCGACAGCUGAUCGUCCGGCUAAUCUGGGUUUGAUGAAACAAGAAGUUGGUCUGAUCCCGGCCUCGCCGAUCUCCAAACAAAUUCUGCCACUUACUCUAUCUAAUGAUGAGGAAAUAAUUGCCGAUCAAUCUUUCCUUCUGAAUCCACCGACGAGUGUCGAGCCACCAAAGGAAAAACCACCACCACCUCCGGUGGAUGACAACCCUUCGCCGGAGCCGCUCAAAAGAUUAAACUCUACUCGCAGAAUAAAGAAAGAGUUGCGUACAAGACGCUCGGAUUUCCUCGGUAUUGAAGGGCAGGUCAACGACGAUGAUCUCGAAUCUGAGUUGACGUUGACCAAACCACCUGACAUGGCAGCAAUCCUCGCUGAGGAGAGGCGCAUCGAGCAACUUCAUCGUCGCUCUUACGAUACUGACAGUAACUACGAGCAAGAUUCGAGUCACGAGAGAGACUCUGGAGUCGAGUUGGGCCACGUCGAGGACUGGGCGAAGCAACCCGUCAGCCCCGAUAUGUCGCAGCACAGCAGACAGAGCAGCGAGCCUUUCGGCGCCAGUGUGACCUCCUCCGAAGAGGACGAGAUCACGAAAAAAGAGCGGGAAAUCAUGGAGGUUCUCGAGAAGGAGGAACAGUGGCGAUAUGGCGAUAAUCGCGAGUACAAUAGUGACUUAGGGGAAAGGCUGGCUCACAAAUUGCGCGAACUCGAGGAGGAGAAGAUGCAGUUGGAGAGAGAGGCGAUACUGCGUUGCAACGAGGACGCAUUUCGCAAGAAGGACGACAACGCACGCAAGCAGGAAGAUGCUUCCUCGUAUGAGCAACAGCAACAGCAACAUGAUGAGACAGCGAAACAGCAGGAGACCCAAGCGCGAACGAAGGAGGAAGAAGAGGAGGAGAAGGAAGCGAAGUACGUCGGGGACAAGCGAAAGGACGGGGAGCUCAAGAUGCAGUCGGAACAGCUGAGAAUGCAGAACGAGAUUGAAGAGAAAGAACGAAGGGUCGCUGAUGCGUGUCGCAAGGAAGAAUUGCGUAUCCGAACGAUGGAAAGUCAAAUUCGCGAGCAAGAGAACAAAGCAUUGGUCGGUGCUGGGUUGCGCAACAACGAAGAUGAAUUCCCUUCCGGGGAAGUGCUGCGAGUGGAAAGAGAACUUCUGCAAUUAGAGCAAGAAGAAUUAAAGAGGCAACGCAAUAAUCUGGCUUAUCGUGAGCAAAAGCAACUUAGAUUGGCGGAGCAAUUACAGGAACAGUGGAAAUCCUUGCAAGAUGUUGCGCAGAAUUCUAUUAAGAAUGCACAAUACAAGUAUAAUACGCCUACAGUGAAUUAUAGAUCUUCAAUGCCGAAUUUGCAGUUUCAAGACCUACCAAGAAGGAGACCACCACCACCGCCACCGAUUCCGCUUACUAAACCACGUAUAUUAGAUCAAAGACAGAGAGAUGUUACCAUCAGGAAUAGCCGUAUACCAUCCGCGGACUCGAUUCCCCAACAAGUAGAUGCUUCUAUUCGAGAAAAUGCAUCGGCAACGACGCUUGCGAGUCAUGCUGGUCAGCAAAUGUCCAGGCAAACCUUACAGGCAUUAAGUGCAGUACCACGACCACGAAUUGUCCAAGGUGAUCAAUGGGUUCAACGGAGGAAAAGUGAUGUGCCGAGAGGCGCUCACGAUGUAAACUAUCAACAUUGGCUCAUUCAAGAGGCAGAACAAAGGAGGAUUAAUGAGAGAAAUCAACGAUCGCCGGCGCGGAAAUCUCAACCGCAUGUAACUGGCACCUCCGUACCGUAUAAUGCUCCAAUUCGAACAGAUAGCAAACCACUACCCGAUUCUAUCAUACAAACUUUAACGCAAAGAGUGCAGAAUAAAACACAAGAAAAACCUCUUUCAACAAGAAAAAGAUCAGAGCAAGUUCACACUCAAGAACAUUUGACGACUGUACAGCAUCAAUCGCCACAGUAUACGUUACAGUCUCAAAAGACACAACAUCCCUCAAUCACGAGCAACAAUGGAAAUCAAGAAAAAAUGCUGAGCGUGAGCGGGAAGAAAAAGUGUUCUCAUUGUGGAGAAGAAUUAGGUCGUGGUGCAGCAAUGAUAAUCGAGAGUCUACGACUGUUUUAUCAUAUGGAGUGCUUCAAAUGUUGCGUAUGCCAUGUGCGUCUCGGCGAUGGAUUGAUGGGCACAGACGUGCGUGUCCGAAAUCACAAACUCCACUGCCAUAAUUGCUACUCCAGUGACGACGGUGUCAAGUUCAGUUGUGUAUAGAAGCCUGGUGGUUAACGAAAUUAUGCUGAUUAAUUCAAUGAUAUUAUGAUACUUUUCGAUUAAACCGUAUAAUUUUUCAACCAUUUAGUUAACCUAUUUAAAAACAUCACUGGAUACAAACGACCUAUAUAUAAAUAAAUGUGCAUAAAUGUAAUUUUUUGAUAAUUGAGAUAGGAGAAUAUAUCAUUAUGUCUGCCGAGAGCGAUACAUAUAUAUAUAUUAUCUUUUGUGUUUUUAUUUCAAGAUAAUGACUUUUCACACAUGUAUGCAACCGUUUCAACUAACAUGAAUCAUACAUGAAGAAUGUAUAUAAGAUGUAUUUAUGUAAUUAGUGUAGAAGUAAGAAAUCGUAGUUUAUUAAGACGAUUCACUGUAAUUGGCGUUCAUUUAGCAACGCUGUAUAUUUUUGUAAUAUAUAAUUCUUCUAUUCUCUAUUUAUAUCAGAUAAUUUACAUCGUAUAUUCGAAUAACAAAACGUACACGAUUAUUAUCUCAAUCAGAAGCGAAUGAUACGAAAAUGAGUUUCUGAGGUAAUAAAAAUCUAAAUGAUUCUACGCAUUUAACAGUCGAUAAAUGCAAACAGUGGCGUAUGCGGAUCCAUUUAUAAUACAUUACAAUUCAAGCUUACUAUUGCGAAUAUCGAAAAUAAUAAUUCAUUUUUACUAAAUUUUUCAUAUAACGUAGUUUUUUACACAAAUAUUUUUUUCUUGCAUAAAUAUCACUAAUAUAUAUAAUAUCAUAAUAAAUAUUUUUUAUAUAUUUAUAAAAUAAAUUUCUUUUAAAGUUUUCUGUAAAAUCCGCUACUGUUUAGAAACCAAAGCACGAUUCGUACAGAUACUUCCGAAACGAUUAAUUUUCGAUGCGAAAUUGCGUAUUUUUUAAAUGAAAGUAACGCAACUCAAACUCAAUCGUUUAUCAUAAUCAUGCCGAACAUUGCAUUGUGAAAUAUUGUAACAUAUGCAUCUCGUAUUAACGCAAUUUUAUAUUAUUGAAAAAAAUAAAUGAAGCACAGGUAAAAUUA